AAAAAAACUUGUAUUAAUAUAUUUUUCAAGGAAACCGAAAGAAAACUCUUCAAAUGGAGCUAUCAGUUAUGAAACCAACAGACAGAAAAAAAUUAGAAACACCACUAAUUAACACUCAAUGCAGUCAAUUACAAGAGCAUGUGACAGCACAAAGCUUCCAGUUCACCAUAUAAUCACUAAUCAACAUGGCACAUGUUUGCACCAAAAGUUCAACUCAGAGUCAGAGUUUACAGUUUACAUCUAGCAAAUAUGUGUUAGCAGUUGCCCAACAGCGACCGCUUGCUCAGAUCCGCGCGCAGGACACUUGGACGAGCCGCGAGCGGCUGGGCGGGGCGGCGGCUGGACCUAGACUGGGCGAGCGGCGGCGGCAGCGGCAGCGGCUAGGCGAGCGACGGCGGGCAGGCAGCGGCUCUGCGGCUGGGCCUGGGCGAGCGACGGUGGGCACUGGGCAGGCAGCGGCUGCCGGCUGGGCGAGCGGUGGCCGGUGGGCAGGCAGCGGCUGGGCGAGCGGCUGCCGGCUGGACGAGUAGGGCGAGCGAGAGCGACUGGGCUGGACGCUUGGGCCUUUUCCCUCAUUCCCUGUAGCUGUAUUUACUGGGUCGCGAGCCGCAGAUCCGCC